UGUUUACUUCCCGCGGAGGCCGCCGAGGGGGAGAGAGAGAGAGAGAGACACGCGCCAAGGUUUCCGACUGCAGGGCGAGAUUCUCCGCGAGAAGAGGAGGAAGAGGAAGAGAGAAAGGAGGGAAGUAAGGUUGUCUUCGGAGGCGACGCUAGAGGCUCCAGCAUGCCCGUGGGCGCCGGCGGGCUGCUCAGCUCGAAGCCAAAGCCUUCGGCAGAAAAUGUCCGUUGUCAGAAGUGCUUGGAAUUUGGCCAUUGGACCUAUGAAUGCAAAGGCAAAAGAAAGUAUGUGCACAGAGACUCACGUACAUCUGUACUUAACAAGCGGCUGAAACAAGAGAAACAGGAACAACAGGUAGAACAUCUAAAAACUUUGGCAUCACAUAAAAAGAAAAAGGAGAAAAAGGAGGACAGUGAUUCAAGUGACUCAGAUUCCUCGUCUUCAUCUUCUUCGUCAUCAUCUUCAUCUUCAUCUUCGUCAUCAGACUCUGAUUCUGAUUCUGAUUCAUCAUCCAGUUCAUCUUCUUCUUCAUCAUCUUCUAGCUCCUCAAGUUCAUCAGAUUCCUCGUUGUCUUCAGAUUCUUCAAGCUCAGAAGAACAGAGGAAAAAAAAGAAAAAGAAGAAAGACUCCAAGUGAAAACCUUUUUGUUCCUGAAUGUGUGAAUUUUAAAAGAAUGGUUGUUGGUAAAAAAUAAAAAAUAAAAAAAUCUCUUUUGUGGUAUAAGGAAUAGGCAAUGACUGUAUGAAAUUUAACAAUGAGAAUUCUUGGUAUGCCACAUUUACAUGUUGGGACUAUUGAAAAGCUUUUUAUUCACAGAAGAAUAAAAAAUAAAAAAAUAAAAAAUAAAUAAAAAAAACUUGUUGAGAGUAACAAGCUGCUCCUGGACUGCUUCUUUUGCACUCAGACCAGGACCUUCAUGGGACCAGUUGCUAUGCGUUUUUAUCUUUGAGAGUUGCCAAUUGGUGUGAAAUUUAGUUGGAUGAGUGUAACAAAAACAGAAGUUGUAAUUUGUAGACAUAUGAUCUAGUGUUCUAAUCUUUUAUUGUAGUCAUUGAUAUAUUUCUAAAGAAAAAAAUAAAAAGAAGGAUAUUACUUCUG